ACAAAGUUUCGCCACUUGAAGGGCACGAUCUCUGGCCGCGAGACACACAUCACAAACUUUAACGGCUUGAGUAAAACAAUUCCCGGCGAAUGCGAUGGUUUCAAAGUGAACUCACGGUUCGCGGCCGUACCGAUAGGGCCCGCGUGUAAUCAAUUGGCUGUACUCAGCGUCUCCAAAGGCGUGAGACUGAGCGGCGGUGUUAUACCCCAUUUGGUCUGCGGUCACACGAUCUGCGACUUCUCGUUUGAUCCGUUCGACGAACAUCUGGUGGCCGUCGCCUGCGAUCACGGAAUGAUUCAGUUCUGGCGAAUACCCGAAAACGGUUUGACCGAAAAUAUGGACACAUUUGAGUCCGAAAUGCACGCACACGACGACCGCAUAACGAUCAUCGCAUACCAUCCCAACGCCAAACACGUUUUGGCCUCAUUUGCCACCGAUUUUGCACUCAUUAUAUGGAAUGUGCAGACAAUGGAACCGAAGCUCAAGAUUACCGCUCAUUCGGAACCCUUGUUUAGCAUGUCUUGGAGUCCAGACGGAGAUCUGUUGGCAACGCUUUCAAAGGAUCAAAAGCUACGGAUAUUUAACCCGCGAGAAGAAGAGCCAAAACUGGUGGCCGAGGGUUUGGCCACUCAGGGCAGUCGCGGCGGUAGAGUCUGUUGGGCGCUGAAGGGAGCGCUUGUGAUCGUCACCGGUUUCAGCAGAGUAUCUGAACGACAAUUUCUAGUCUUUGAUAAAAACGAUUUGUCAAAACCGAUCGCAUCGGAAGGUCUGGACGUCUCGCCG